AUGGCGACGAACGAAGUGCCCCACACGGAUUUCUACAAGUCAACCUAUGUGGCUGAGAUGCUCAAUUCAGUGAACUCUCUUGAUUGGGACGGCUAUGAGGAUCACACCGUGUUUUGGAAUGCUCUAAAGGACAUUCUUCACAUUGGCAAAUCGGAGCACAACGCAGACCGCAUUGUCGUCUUGGACGUAGCAACUGGCCCAGGCCGCGUUCUUCGCAAUCUAGCAAACUACGCCAGCAAACAAGGCGAAGAUCUGACCCAAGUCGACCUUAUUGGGCUGGACAGUUCUCCCGCAAUGUUGGAAGAAGCCCAAAAGGAGACCUCCAAGAUUUCUGGCGUCGGGUCCGUUCAGUGGUUGUUGGGAGACGCUAAUAACCUUCUUGCUCAGCCAUCUCUGAGUUCACUGAAACAUCAGUUGGAUCUCGUGACCUUCGCAGAUGGGUGUAUUGGGUAUCUAUACCAGCCAGGAGAAACAGAAACAUUUUGCUCCCAUGUCGCUCAGUUGCUACGCCCAGAUAGUGGACGGGCAUUUAUCGCCCUUUUCGAAUACCAAGUUACCGAAGCCUACAAAAAUGGGCAGAAACCGAGUAUAUAUGACGAAUCAAUGGAUGCAAUGGACCAGCGAAGCGGAGAUCAAUCUGUUGUGUUCACUGUCAAGUCGCUGCAUUUCAGCGAACGUGUUGAGAAUGGUACUCACAUCAUGGAUCAUAAGACUGCCAUUAUGAAGAAAGAUGAGCAAGGCAAUGAGAUUCUUUUAGAGACCAAUGAAUAUCACCAUAAGAAUCGGGUGUGGGGAACUGAAGAGUUUGUUCAAAUGGCGGGAAAAGCAGGCUUGGAGUUGGUGGAGAUGAAAAGACUCCCAAAAUUAUAUAUGUUUAGCUUCAAGGUCCCUAGUGAGGCUAAUCCUGGUCCUAAUUAA